GAGAACAGUUCAGUUGGCUUAGCAAGUGCUCCAAUCCCACGAUCCGACGAUGGCAUUCAAUCAAGACGAACUCGCUGCUCCGGGGUGGUUGGACGAUGCAUUUUUUCUCAAAGUAGUGCGUGAAAUGCACAAUGAUACAUCGAUUGAGCUAACCAACGAAUGUGUGUUACGUCCCGGCACGAAAGCGGGUGAUCAUUACGCAAGUGUGAUGUUCCGCACUACCGUCGCCUAUCGUUCGAAGAAGGAUCAAUUGGAUAGAUCCAUUAAUUUGAUCAUGAAAACGAAACCCGAAGCGGAAGGAUUGAAGAAGGAAUUUCUCGAAGAUAAUCAACUGUUUAAGAUCGAAAUUGAUAUGUACAGUAAAGUGUUACCGGAAAUGGCGAGGCUGUUGAAAGAGAUCGGCGAGGAGUAUAAGUACCCGAGGUUUAUAUACGGUGCAUUAAAGCCACAUACGAUCUUAAUAUUAGAGGACAUCAGCAACCAGGGCUGGGUGAUGGAUGAUUUCAUCAAAACGUUCGACGAAAUGAAACCGAUCGUGAAGAAUAUUGCAAUGUUUCAUGCCGCUUCAAUCAUGAUAGAAAGCAAUGAUCCGCACUUUGCGAAUGAAUUUAGUUUUUCAGUGGCUGACAAGUUUAUGGCCUUCGAUGGGAUGAUUACAAAAGGGUUCGGUGAUUUGAAACACUUGAGCAAAAUAGAGUCAGAAUUUGCUCAUUUCGAGAAACCGCUGGAUGGCUUCCAAAAAUCUAUUCGCGAUUAUUAUGUGACACUCUUUAACCCUCCGAAGACGGUUCAACGCGUACUGAUUCACGGGGACUUUCACAGCAAGAACAUGCUGCACCAAGUGAACGAGACUGGCCGACACACGGAUACGAUAUUGAUUGAUUACCAGAUCUGCAACUGGACUACACCAGCCAUCGAUCUGUACUAUCUCCUCGAUAUGAUACCGGAUCAAGAUGUAAAAGACAGUCACCGCGAUGAGUUGAUCUACUUAUACUAUCAACAGUUUAGUGAUUUGUUGAAGCGAUUGGGCUUUCUAGGCAAAAUACCGACCCUUCUCGAUUUGCAGCUCGAGCUACUCCGUUGCAGUGGUCUAGAACUGUUUCACUAUGCGGUAUUUGCUCCAUUCCGCUACUUGGAUGCCAACAAGCUGGACAUUGAGGCACUGCUCAAAGGUGAGGCGGAUAAUCCCGCUUUGUACAAUCCGACGUUUAAAAGCAUGAUCCACAGAGAGCUGACCCGAUUUCUGCACCAGGGAGUCUUGACAGUCUCAUGACCGGUCGCACUAUCGGAAGAAGGGAAGGGGGAAGGGAG